CUAAUGUAGUCAUGACGUCGGUGAAUAGUGAAGUUAACUCGUCGAAGUUGAAGUUUAGUGUGGAUAGUAUUUUGGGGAACAAUGAUUCGAGUGCGCAGGUGUCGGAGGUGAAACCGCAGGAGCCGCCUUGUGCUGGAUGUGUCGCGGCUCUGUACAGGUGCUGCAGGGAUGAACCGUCUCUGCUGCAGCUCCAGCUACCUUUACCCUAUGCCCACUUGCAUCCAGCAUUGAGACCUACCACAGUGUAUCGGCUACCACUACCGUCGUCAUCGCCGCCGCACUCCUCAACCCCACGUUGUGACGUCACAUCCACAGGGAAGAGGAAGAGGUCCUGGUCACGAGCAGUGUUUAGUAAUUUGCAGAGAAAGGGCUUAGAGAGACGGUUUCAAAUACAGAAGUAUAUUACAAAGCCUGAUCGACGACAGCUUGCUGCAACAUUAGGGCUUACUGAUGCUCAGGUAAAAGUGUGGUUUCAAAACCGUCGCAUGAAAUGGAGACACACGAAAGAGGGGCGAGCCGGCAUCAACUCCGUUGGGAGCGGGAGGGAUCCAGACUCUACCGCCAACGACGACAAUGAAGACAUCGAUGUUGACACUCUUAGUGAUUAGUUUAUUAGAAGUGAAAUAUUUCAAGAAAUGACGAUUAUGUAUUUUUGUACUUAUUUCGAGUUUAACAUUUCUUGUAUAAUAA